UCUAAAACGGAAGCAGCUGGGGUUGGUUGCCAUAGAGACGCGUUCUGAGUGCAAAUGACUGCGCAAGCCAAGCGUAACUUCAGCUUUGCAAAUGGACGAAUCAGAAACCAUGAACUUUUCUGCCCUGGAGCGAGAGCUGGAGGCAGCAGUGGCAGCUGACAAGAAGUACCAGAGAGAAAAUGAUGCCAAGUUCCGUGCCAUUCAUCAGAAAGUGGCGUCGUAUGAGGAGUUCAGGGAUAUUGUGCAGGCAUCACACCUGAAGCCACUGGACAGAAAGGACAAAGUAGGAGGACGAAGGUACCAACCUUGGAACUCACUGGCAUCAUCUUCUGGACAAAAAGUCCGCUCACAGACCGAUAUUAUAGAGAUUUAUCACCUGGGCUUCAAGACUAUUUUUGAUGUAUAGCGCUACCCCUCUACCUCUUCUGUCUUUCCUAUACAGUGUAUACCCACUUGUAUUAUACUUGUCUCCAUCACUCUCAGAUAACCAAGUUUCUGUAACGCCUAUCACGUCGUAGUUACCUCAAGUUGUAACAUUUUGUUUCUGAGAUUUCUAACAUUUAGAUAAAUACAUUUAAUGGCUGUCUUACCCGAGUUGUUGGCCCUUGUUUUGCUGUAGUCUCCCUUCUGUUUUUUGUUGAUUUCUCCCCCCUUCCCUUCCUGUUCUAGUGUACAUGGAGUAUAUGGCAACCCUAAUUUGUUUUAUUUGGUUAGUCCAUGCUGACUGUAAAUUGUACAUAAACUAUACUUUACAGUAUAAGAGCUCUUCACUAUUUCUAUAUUAAAAAAAAAAAAUGCAAUAGGACCGACACUGUCGUGCUGAAAGAGUUCACAGCAUGCCUGUGAUUAUAAAAACCUGAACUCCAGCACCAUCCUGUAGCUGCUAUACGCUAUUGCAGGCUCUGUUUACUUCAUUGCAAACAUAGGCCUAUAUUCACCAAGCGUUUUCCUUUGUCUAAAUGGAACAAAAUAGAAACGAAAGUUAAAAUGCAGUAAGUCACAGCGCAUGUGGUUUAUCUUAUAGAUGCUGUGUAUGAGCAAGUUGUUCAUACAUUUUACAUCUUAUGUGGACGUUUGUAGCCUUCAGAAAAAAUAAUGCUAACACCGAAUUUGCGGAAAACACUUGAUGAAUAUAGGUCAUACUGUAGUAAAGAAUCACCUGACAUUUAAUGGACCUACAUUUCAGUUGUGACAGACUUUACAGGUAAAUGUAUUUUUUUAAACUAUCUUGUUGACAAGCAUGCACAUUCCUGGUUUUGUUUUUGUAUUAUAUUUCAUUAAAUUCACUUUAUAGUUCAAUGUUGUUAAUAAUGCUGUUACUGUUGUGAUUUUCAUCAAUGGGAGAGAAACCUGUACAUCCUUUAUAAACAAG